UAUACGAGGACGGAAGUUGUUAAGCGGAGUUUACAUACAGGGGGAACUUCCAUUCGUAUUGUUCCGAAAUGGCGGAAGGAGGAAUCGGGUCUACAGAGUUAGAAUCUGAAAGCAAUCUCAGACACAAUCAUCAGUCUCAGAAUUACUUCGAAAGUGUGUCUGUGGAGAUCUCCAGUAUAAUGACUCGGCUGGGAUACGGCGAGCAGAUAAGACGGUGGAGGGUUGAGAAGUACAAAGAGCAGGAUAGCUUGAUGAAUGCACGAUCAAGUGAUGUAACUGUGAUCACAGCUGGAAGCAAGGCAGAGGGGCUUACCUGCUAUUUUGAAAGCGACCGUGAUGAUAUACUCGUUUUGGAAGGUAUCAUCUGUGUGGAAGCUGGUAUACAUCUUCACACCAUACCUAACGGCAUAGGAGUGUACAGGAUGGAUACACAUGCAUAUUCAGGACACUGUAGACUGUUGUUAGAGAGACAAGCGCGUAAACAUUUCAAAAUAAUCCACAAUGCUUUGUGUGAUAAUGGACAAGGAGACAUUCUAUUAAGUAGUAGUUUGUUUCUUAAUGAAAUGUCGGCAGUUCCACACACAAAAUCAGUGGUGUACCAUAAACCAGCGGGGCCGUCGCUACCGACGUCAAUAGGACGUGAGUUUCACUCUGACAAUGUGUGCGCACUACGCUGUCAUUGCCCCAGCAUCUUACAGAGAUGGGCUUCCAGACCCCGUCAUUGGCCGUCACCGGUCUUAGUUCAGAAAGUCGUAUCGUUAGGAGCUAAUGUAACAGCGGUGGGUUUUAAGGAAAGUGAAUUCAAGCACAUGGAAUGGAGGAUUGGUUUUAACACCGGAGAGUCAGAACUAGUGAACAACCUUAAUGACACACAAGCGAAAGUGUACGUUAUGCUCAAAAUGAUCGUCAAAGAUGUGUUAAGGCCUUCUAAGAAAGAAAUAACAUCAUACGUGAUGAAAAAUAUAGUAUUAUGGCAAGCUGAGCGUAACCCACAAAAUAAGUUUUAUGCUCAGAGUUUCCUUCACUGGCUGCAUGACGGACUGAGAGCACUUAGGACUGCUAUUGUCACAAAACAACUGUCAUAUUACAUGAUUCCAGAAAGGAAUUUAAUGGCAGCCAGUGGUUUGACGUACAGGCAGCAAAGUCAUUGGGUAGAAGUUAUCACGGACAUGAUGGCAGAAGGUCCGUGGGUAAUCCUCGGAUUGCCAAAGAUACGGAGGGCUGUUGUCGCGUCCCCAGAGCCGAUGUUGUGGUACAGCAUGAAAAGGAUGGAGCUGGAGAUGCUUAAUAUGGAAUAUUUUAACAGAUAUGUGAACGGAGUGUUGGAUAAGUCUGAUGCUAUACUACAGGAGAUACAGAGACGUUUGAUAGAGAUAAUGAUGGAGAUUAAACUACGGAUGAUCGAAGAAGGCUGUGCUGUAAAUGAUCUGACGGAUAUUCGCUAUAGAAUGUUAAAGUAAUAAUGAAUUGAAGUGCUUUAAAAGGAUGGAACUGAGAUGGUAAGAUACGUGCAACGUAUGAAUGAAAAGAUAGUGGUGUUUUGUCUCGAAUAUCAUCCUGCAGGAGAUACAAGGACAAAUGAGUGGAAUAGUGAGAUGGAUCUUCCGCCGAGUUUUUAUGAAAGGCAGCGUUGUUAAUAAUAUGUAUCCGCCUUGAACUUCAGAAGUGAUGGCGCUUUUUUUCGGCCGUGCUUGAAAAUAAAAUAGUGGCGUGUAGUAAGGAACUGGUUCGUCUAAAUAAUGCAGUAGUUAAUGUAAACGAUCAGCCGUAGCAAGUAAUUAAUAUAAAAUACUUUAGUAUGCACAAUCAGUCUUCCUUAAAGAGAGUAUAUAAUAUCUCUUUUUAAACAUAAAAAGUUGUUGGAUCCUAAUCAACCAUCGCGAUUUUGGGGAAGUCAGCACAUAACGGUAGAUGUCUGACGCCUCCAAAUUACCAGUUUCGCAAUUGACAUCCCGCGAGAUAUCCAAGAGGCCCGAUGACGGUUAUGACCGAGAUUUAAAGACUUGAGAAGCCGGGAACCGCGCUCAAUAGUAAACAUCGUGUAUCCGGCAAAGCUGUUUUAAGAUUAGAACCGUGUUCAUGUUACUGGAUUGUGGACGAUAUAUAGAGGCGAACAGGCUAGCCUGGCUGGACCAGCGAUAUAGAGGCGAACAGGCUAGUCAGUCUGAUGUAUAGAGGCGAACAGGCUAGCCUGGCUGGAAUAGGUACCGUUCAUGGAACGCCAACAUUUACAUCUGCACGGAGCUGAGAGUCACAUUUUGAUAACCAAUCAAUAAACUACACACGAGCUGCCGUGAUCCAGUGGGUAGAUGUAUGCAAACAUUACUAUAUCGAUGUGCGCACAAAAUGCCACACACAAAAGUGAACUAGUCUGCAGCCGAGACGACACUGAGAAAUAUUCAAUGUCAGUUUGGACAGAGACGUAGUAUCUACGUCUCUGGUUUGGACCGUGUUAUUGCCAAGGAGGCAUCGGUUUCGGUACCUGCUACAGUAUGCGAUCCGAUAUCGGCAGAUCAAAAUUAAACGCAGGGAUCUAUACAUACAACUCCGGAUUCCAUAUUUGAACACGGAUGUACUUGAGGAGUCUUCGACAGCCCAAUCAAUCAAGCGACAAGCACCCAUCGUUUCUAGCACAAAUGUCGCUGCUUAAAUACCGAAUAAAACCUAGCCAGUGUCAAACAAUUUCAAAACUGUCGGUCAGUGUCGUAAUACGGGAUGAAACCGCUGUCAUGUCCAUCAAUAUUAAAAUUAUAUUGGGAAUUGUAAUACAUAUACAUCUUACAUCUAUACAGGGGUGGCGAAAUCAAAUGUCCGAGUCGUACAUUUGCUUGUCCGGGCAACUGAAUUUUUUCAAUUAAGUUGUCCGUGGACAACCAGUCGGGUUGAGAAAUACAAAAAAAUAGAUUGUAUUUAAGCCGUUAUUAAGUUUUACAAAACCGGAUGUUGACACCCGAUAACAUUGUCAGUGCUAUUUGCGGAGCAAUCAAACUAAAAUAUGGGCACUCUCCUGCACAGUGGUCUCGCUUAUUCUAUAAGCAUGAUAAGAGACCAGGAGGCUAGCAUGCCGCAUUUUCAACAUUCGGCCCGUCUGUGUACCGACUGGUUUGCUCGUUCAUUCCGUACCUAAAUGUUGAACGUUCGUCUUAAAUUUUAAAAUGCAUUAUUAAUACCAAAGGGGAGGUAUAAAACCCGGAAAACCCAGAGUGUGUCACAUCGCUCCUACCUAACUAAAUUUUUAGACUCACAAACGUCGGGACGUUGGGACGUGAAAAGCCGAAAGCCGAGUUGGAUUACGUACAGUUCCGUAGAUUGUAGGGAUGGCAACGAAUGCCGAUUUCGGUAUUCGAAUAUUCGGCCACCCUUCCGAACGAAUAUUCGGAUAUUCGGUCAACAUCUGUUGGAAAAAAGUCAACUUUGUUUACCGUACCAUUACUCCAUGAAUUCUACUUUCGUUUUUACCGGAAGUUCGCCGGAAGUGACUAAAUAUUGACACAGCGUUGCCGUCGCAAAUUCGAAGCUGAUUGUGUUGAUUACUUUUUACAAAGACCUAUAGAAUACAUGAAUGUAUUCUAUAGGUCUUUGCAUUUUAUUGUUAAAAUUGAAUGACAAAAACUGUUUUUAAACUAUUAAUAUCGUACAUCAACAAUAGAACGAGAAACAUAAUAUUACAUGACGACAAAAUAAUUACAUGACAAAACAGUAAGAUCUAAAUAUAAUUAAAGCUGAACUUAAACGAAUAAUGUACAUAGCCACAACACACUAUGAACCUGUUAACAGACUAAGCAGUCAGUCUUUUAAAUUUGCUACGUUUGAAAGACACUUGGAUCGGCGACUUCUUAUCGGAUGAUGUCGUGAAAUACUUCCAAGCAGCGGAAGGCGUAGGUGGCAUUUUGCUUGGACAGAUAUUUACUUUAUGCGUGUAGCAAUUAUAAUAUUUUCAAUUAAAUGAGGGUAAAAUACCAAAAACAUUUCUUAAAGUAUAAGACCUGAUUGAAUAUUGAGUAAUUAAUUAAUGUUUGGACCAUACGAUUCGCAAAUACUCAUUAGAGGUUGAGUAAAUUAUUUUCUAAAAGCUUUUUUGAUUGGACAACGUGAUUAUAACCAUAAGAUCUGUUUUGUUUUUCACACCAAGUCGGCUCUUUUUUUACUCAUUUAAUCUUUGAUCAUUUUAAAUGUAAUUCGAGUUAGAAGAUCAAGACGGGUCGGUGUUUUAAUUGCCAUACGGUCUUAUUUGUUUUUUACACACAGUUGGCUUUUCCUUUACUCAUUUAAUCUUUGAUAAUUUCAAAUGUAAUUCGAGUUCAUUGGAUCAAGUGCAGGUCGGUGUUUUGAUUGCCGACGCGAUUUGCACCUAUCAUAAUUUCGACACAAAGUGUCUGGCUUUGUUAGGCGGGAUUUAUGACCGGUAUACUGUCAUCACCAUAGCGACGCAUUAUCGCGCCUACCGGAAUAAACAUUAUAAAACGAGGAACGACUUUUCUGACAAUGUUUAAAGCAAAUUUUACGAAUACAAAGUCUUUGAAAUUA